AUGUCCAGUCCCCAGAGCGAUAGUAAUAAAGCGCUGCGGAAGGGGACGAAGAGCUGCACAGAAUGUAGACGUCGCAAAGUCCGGUGUGUCCGUAUCACGGAGGAUGCGAAAUCAUGUCGGCAAUGCGAGGAACGGGGAUCAACUUGCAUUGAGCAGACAUCCAGUCGACUGCGCACGUCACGGAAUCUACGCUUGUCAUCUCGAUAUCGCAUCGCCCAACUGGAAUCCCAGGUGGCCCAGCUUACAAGCCUUGUCCAUGGAAUCGAAGCCAGGCUGGGAAAUCGGCCUUCUCAUAUUGUUCCGCCCGAGGGAGCUCAGACUCCUGCUGCGGGUGACUCUGACGAUAGUGAGAGUGGCGUCUCGGAUUUUCCCAUGGCAGAUCACCCGUCACAUCUACGGUCGCUCUUCCAGAACGACUGGCUCAGUGUUGAUCCGCCUCAAACUGGUACCCAAAACGAGGAGCGCCAAGGGAAGGCCUCUCCACAUUUCUCGCGUGUCGUGAGGCCGCGGCUGCAGGGGUUGAUUCCCCCAAAAGAGGAGGUUAUGGAUAUUGUAGGAUCGUCUUUUGACUGGCUGACCAUGUUGCACGCGGUGCUUCCCCAGCCUUGCGUGGUCGCGUGUCAGCAGGAGCUUCUUGAGCUGUAUGAGGAGAUGUGCAAGCCGGAUGUGGACGUCAUCGCCUUGGCCUCGUGGUUGCUGACGUUGGCGCUCUCGGCUCAACAGAUUCCAGAAGAGACUAAUCCGCGCGAUAUCUAUCUUCGGAAAUGUGAAGAGCGAUCUCGUUUUUCUCGCAUAAUCACGGACACAGUGGAGAACACACUACUGUAUCAUGAUCGCAUGCUUGCAACCGUAGAGGCGCUCGGAAUGGCUAUACAUUAUGCACGACUUAUGAUUGGCCAAGGGAAUUUUCAAAAGUCCUGGAUUACCAUUCGCCGCCUCAUCGCCAUCGCAGAGCUGAUGGGGCUCCCCCGAGUAUUCCAGACAAUUCGACUCAGGAAAGCAAGCGGACUGGAUGACCAACAGUCACUGCAUAAGGCACAGCUCUGGGAACUUCUCUGCAACUUGGAAAGGAUAUCUGGCAUGAUUCUCAAUUUGCCCCCAGACACGCGACGGUAUCAACGGGUUCAAAGUUUGCCGGUUGUCGUUGGGGGCAUGGUGCAGACCCCUACAUACAUGUCUAAGCUGUUGGAGAUUACCACAAAGAUUCAUGACUUGGACGAUUCGAAUGGCACCCAUGCGUUGGGGACUGAACCGCAUCUGGCUGCCUUGGAGAUGGCUCGGGACCUUGGCGCUCUUGCCUCCCAGACUCCGGACAGCUGGUGGGUCUUCGAGGAGUCGACCCCCUUUAGACCUGAACACUUUGUCCAAUUUUUCCACUACAGCGUACUCAUGCGGGUGUAUCUGCCCCUGGCUCUUCGGCGGGACUUUCGAGAGGUAUACAUGUAUAGUCGCUUGCCUUGCAUGGACGCCUGUGAUACAGUUGCAAGGCGGUAUCUCCUUCUCCGCCGGAAGUUACCUUCGGGAUUAUUUGUGGCGCGAGUGCUAGACUUGCAGGCUUUCACUGCAACAGCCGUUCUGCUACUGCUAUCCCGCAAUGUUCCCCCUGGCGACCGGCAUAGCUUCCGUGUUGAUACUGAUCGGUUGCAACGCGUGAUCGGUGAAGUGAUCAAGCUUAUGGGUGAGAGGUCCAAGGAUCCUGGUAACUCGGAGCUGGCAGAGGUAGGAUUCAAUGCGCUGUGCGCUCUGAACCAGCUUCUUCGACAGGACGAAAACAUGUCAUCUGCUCAAAGGUUGACUCUGAAGGUUCCACUGCUUGGGAGGCUUCACAUUCGUCGUAAUUCUCGGUCCGUGCAAUCAUCUGAAAUGAGCACUGCUUCAAUCCCACCGUUGAAUCCAAGCCUUCCAGAGCAGAGCCAGACUCAGAAAUCUAUCCCUCUACCGCAGACGCCUAUCACCCACCAGCCAAUAGUCUCGACUACUGUGACCGCUCCUAUGGCCGAAGAGUGGCAAUGGAGCAAUUUUUCUUGGUCCCUUGAAGAUAGCCCCGAAAACUUACUCGGCGAUGCGCUCAUGGCGGAGAGCCUGGAUCAAUCCGCCGUGUGGUACGGCGGGAUCUCUAACAAUCAACUUCCCGUUUGGGAUGCGUUCUAA